AUGGCGUCGUCACGGAGUAGCUGGUGUUCUGUUGGGGCGUCACAGGGGCGUUUCCCUCCCUCUUGUCGAAAUGUAGGUCCAUGUGGCUCGGCUUUUUCUGGGGCUUCGAGUCGGCGCUGCAUCGCAUCGAAGUGCCCAUCUUGUGGUCCGGUGCGCGGACCGUCUUGCUCUCCUCGCUCCUGUCGCUCCGUUUCAGUCUGUAGGAGAGAUGCUGUGGACCGGUUGCGUCUUGACUGCUCCUCGACGCGUUUCCUUCUGUUUCUCGUUCUUCUUCCUCUCCUUACGCUCUUCUCCCCGGCAGCCGUCUCCUCCCUUGUCUCCUUCUCGCCCUCUGUCUCUCUCUUCGUCGCAGCAGAGUCGCGUGCUGACGCCUCUGCCGAGCCUUCCUCACCAGAAGCUGGCCAGGCCGCGAACUCGAUCAGUGCGACGAGCGAGGCCGACAAGAAGACGGACGACAGCGCGGAGGAGGACAAAACAAAGCGCACGGAAGAAGAGUUGAAGGAGAAAGCCCGGGAAGCGGCAAACGCGGCUGCCGACGCUGCUGCGAAGGCCUUGGAAUUGCGCGUUCCUCUGCCUUCGCUGGUCACGGCGACGGCAGGCGCUGCGGCGGCGCAAACAACCGACCAAAAAGACGCCGGCGUGGCAACUCAAGCCGGGACAUCCAAGGUGGUGCGUCCAGAUGAUCUGCGGUAUCAGAACACUCCAGAGAACCCAAAGGACGGCGACACUGCGAAAAAGGAAGAGGAAACACCGAUUCCCGUGGACGGGGGAGAGUGUAUCAUCUUCGCCGCGGAGGAAGGCGACAAAGACAGCUGUUCCUGUCCCAAGGGCUUCGUCCUCUGCAACGUGCAAGACGUCCAGGCAGUCCGGACGCGCCUCGCAAAGAUCGAGCAAGCAGCGAGGGCCGCCGCCGUGCGCGAGUUGCUGCUGCGUCUCGACAAACUUCCGGCAGAAGAGCUUCAGAAGGCUCCUGCGUCAAGCGCCAAGGGGUCGGAAACGGGCGACGAGGCCUCAGGCGCGCCGACGGCCAAGACAAGUGGGGGCGAACUGCGGGGGAGCGCAAAUGCGUCAGGCGACCAGGCGGCAGAAGGCACCGGCGGGACCGACGAGGAAGAGCGUCGCGAGGCGAUGCUUCCCCCCGAGCUGGCCGAGUACGCGAAGAAAGCCGCGAAGACGGCCAUGAGUCUGCAUGUGCCGGCGUGGGUAAAGACCUUGUGCGACGAGGACGAGAAAACCGGAUUCAAAUCGUACGGCGUCCAAAUCGACUACGAAGCCGAAGCCACAUGCACUGAUUCCGGAACGAAGGACGAACCCGCCGUCGAUUUUCUCUACGACCUCAACACAUAUGUACCCUUGGACCGACUCCACAAACUGCAGAAGAAGGACAGCAGCUGGACGCCGAGACACUGCUUGGUUGCCGACUUCUACUUGUGCAAGCGUCUCCCCGCGGGGAGGGAGAAAGUCCACUGCGAGAUCUCUGACUGGAGCGAGUGGUCCACAGAGUGCCUAGACAACACGCAAACGCGCAAGAAGAUCAUCACCCGCAGUGGUCAACACGGCGGACGCGCGUGCGUCUGGGACGGAAAGCAGCCGGUUCACGCCGAGGUGACAGAGGUCCGUUCGUGCAGCGAAUCGUAA